AUGCCUUUGAAAGUCCUGAGAAAACCAGAAUUGAAUACCAAAGUCGUCCUUAAAGAUAUUUUUUCCGACUUCAAAAAUUCCAAUGAAAAAUGCCGCUUGUGCUUUGAGGAAGUUUUCGAUCAAAAUUCAAGAGUAAAUGUAACAACUGACAAGAAAGACGAGAUUAAUAUUCUCUUUCAAGUUUACUUGUCUUUGAAUGAAAGAGAAUCAGAAUUUGUGUGCUCAAAAUGUGAAAACGAAAUAAACAAUUUACAUCAAUUCAAGAGGAAAAUAAACGAAAACCAUAAAUAUUUUGAGAAGUUGAGCAGCCUGAAAUAUGACAAUGCCAGCAAUGAGAACUUCAUAAAAACUGAACCAGAACUGUCUAUAUCAAAAGAAUCUACUCUCAAAAAAGUCAUACAAAAAACUCGUAGAGCGAAGCAUAGAAAAAUCUUCAAGCAGCUAGAUUUGAAUGUCAAAGUCGUCCUUGAAGAUAUUUUUUCUGACUUCAAAAAUUUCAAUGAAAAAUGCAGCUUGUGUUUCAAGGAAGUUUUCUAUCAAAAGUCAAGAAUACAUUUGACAGAUGAUAUAAAAGACAAGAUCUAUUCUAUCUUGCAAAUUAACUUCUCUGUGAAUGGGUCAGGAUCAGAAUUUUUAUGCUCAAAAUGUGAGAACGAAAUAAAGAACUUUCAUCGAUUUAAAGAGAUGAUAAAUGAAAAGCAGAAAUAUUUUGAAAAGUGUAGCAGUAUGAAAAAGGACAAAGCCAAAAACUACGAACUUACAUUAACAUUCAAUGAACAUCUCGUAAAAUCUGAACCGGAACUGACUAUUGUCGAUGAAGUUGAAGAAGAAACGUCUGAAUCUGAAAAUGAAAAUCAAAAUGAUUCAAUUGAAGAUCAUCUUUUGGAGCCAAACGUCACUGAUCAGGAAAUCCAAACAAGUUCUGGAUUCGUUCCUUGCAACGUCUGUGGAAAACAAUUCAAAGGCCACAAGAAUCGAAAGCAACAUUACCUGAGAGUACAUGUUAAUAAAAGACCUCAUCAGUGUGAUAUAUGUGGUAAAAGAUUCCGACAUCCAUGCCUUGUUGCUGCACACAUGAAAAGGCAUAGAGAAAGAAAAACAAAAAGGCACAGAGAAAGAAAAACAAUAAAGGAAAUAAAUUACAAGUGCGAUAGGUGUGAAAGUUCUUUCUUCAGUAACGGAGAUUUACGAAAACACGAAUUACAAUUUCAUAAAGAUGAUAUUAAGCCUCAUCAGUGUAAUAUUUGUGGUAGAAGAUUUCUUGUACGUCGCAGACUUGAUUUGCAUAUGGAGACACAUAGAGAAAAUAGAACAAAAGAUCAUCAUUGCGAUAUCUGCAAGACUUCAUACUUUCAUAUCGAAGCAUUACAUAGCCACAUACUAAGAUAUCAUGAAGAUAAACCGUUUUCAUGUACAAAAUGUGGAAAAAGCUUUAAAUUAGAACAAAAUCUGAAAAUUCAUAUAUGCAAUUUUUUUAAGGAAUCAUGUAAAAAUCAACAUGACAUGUCAAACAAACAAGACCUUAAAAGUUUUCCCUGUGAAAUUUGCGGGAAAUUAUUUAGAAAUGGUUCUCAACUCAAGCAACAUCACAGAAGAGUGCAUUUGAAAAUUAAAGCUUACCAAUGCGAUAUUUGUGAUAAAAGUUUUUAUGUUCGAAAAGAUCUUGCCAGGCACAUUGACACACAUAGAGAAAACAGAACAAGAGAUUAUCAUUGUUACAUCUGUGAGAAAUCAUAUUUAAAUAACGAAGGAUUAAGGAAGCAUGUAAGACGUUGUCAUGAAAAUAUUGAAAAACCGUAUCAGUGUGAUAUUUGUAGUAAAAAAUUUGAUGCACGGUACGAAAUUGCUGCACAUGUUGACAUCCAUAGAAAAUAUAGAACAAGAGAUUUUAAUUGCGAUAUCUGCAAAACCUACUAUUUCAAUAAGAUAUUAUUGCAACAACAUAAAUCACACUGUCAUGGAAAUAAAAUUUUUUCAUGUGCAUUUUGCGGGAGAACAUUCAAAACGAAACGAGAACGAAAAUCUCAUUCUUGUAGUUAUUUCAAAAAAUCAAAUAAAAAUAAUAAAAAAUGGAGUCGAACAAACUUAAUCCUAAACCAGACAAUUUCACAAAAUACUCCAUGUGAAAUCUGCGGAAGAAUAUUCAAACAUGUUUCAUGUUCAAGCAACAUAUGA